GUUUCGGGCAUUCAGACCGGUCGACAGAGUCCCGGCGAGUUUCGUGCUAGUUGCGUGCCUUUGUGCCCGCUACCAAGGGGACAAAAUUCACUUUGAGAUCAGGAUAGAACCUUCUUUCAUCCACGAGAUGAAAGUGGAUUGGAAGCUGCCUCUGUUAUUCCUUUUCGCGACCAGCCUGAGUGGAGAAAGCGAGCAACUUCGAGAGAAGAGGCAAGCAUUGUAUCCCCCGCCUCUUGUUUACCCUUUGACCGGCAUUUUCAAGCUAGUCGUGGGCAUAGCAGUGCCGGUGCAGCUUUCCGGCAAGAUUUUGGUUUACGGCCAAAACUUUCAGUUCCAAUACAUGAUGCCAGACAAUGCAACCUUCUUCACCAACUUCUUCGAGGGCUCGUCACGACGACAUCGCAGAAGCGUAAGUUGGAACGAGAGGGCUCCUGUUUACGACGUUCUCCAACAAGAACUCGACAGGAGGAACAUCGACGGAAGAAGUUGCUUGAAAAAGAACAUCUGCGAGGCUGCUGCGACACCUUUGAAAGACGAAGGUCUGGUCGGUGAAAUAUUGCAUCUGCUCCUAACACCCGAUCAAGGAGACGCGUCGACGAUGGACAGAGAGUAUUUAGAGGCUGCCACUGCCGGAAGAAGACUAGAAAAUUGUUCGUCCCUUUAUCCGUCCUGUCCUUUCGGUGCCGGAAUUUUAGACAAAAUAUCCAUCGUUUAUUAACUCAGCAUCCAUCCGGUUUAUCAGAUUUUUCACGUACGUUCGCCACUUCUCGCGGCUUUAGUUUUCUUCCUCGACCCAGUUGCAUCCAUCAAGCUCGCGUUACGUCAACUUUUCCUUCACAGCGGAAUAAAUCUCUUUCUGUCUUGCGUUACACACGCUGUUACGCUCGUUACGACGCGAUAAACGAGCAAGCAAGCCAGCCAGCGCAAGCCAACAGCUUUCGUAACUUUUCCACGCGAAAUUCUCGUUAAUUAAAGGCCGGCUAGCGUCGAAAUAAUUUUCAGCGUGGCUUAUGAAACGGAGAUUCUUUGAUCCACCACGAUACGCUUUUUUUCCCCCUCCGCCUCUCCCUUCCACCACGUUCAUUUUCUCCGUGCUACUUGCUCCUCGAAUUUCCUCGCAUUCGAGGCACGAUUAAUCAGAGAGAAGAGAAAAUAAAAAAAUUGAAGAAAAAGAGAGAGAGAGAGAGAGAGAAAAAAGAAACGAGGAUGCUUGCCGUCGGUAUUUUAUACAGCUUUCUAGAUUAAGUAUACUGCAAACAGGUGUUUGUGAGGAAUAUCAUCGGUUGUGUAUAGGUGCGAGAUAAUUUAUUAUUAAGUGCCAGUUUCACGGGAUCGUUUUAAAGCGCGAACCGGACGUUUAAUUGAAGUCGCUUUAAUCGAAAGGCAGGGUUCACAUUUAAAGCAGCAAUUGCCGGCUGACAAAGUCUCUAUUUCUGCGACUCAUGGGAAUUAUUUCGUCGAUUUUCCACCCGGACGUUCCGUCUCGCUUCGAGAAGUACAGUUAAAUGCAUUUGCCAAGUUUAAUGAACUGCCUUGUUUGAUAAGUACACUUAUACAAUCGCACGCUCACGGCGUAUCAGGGAAUAGCUGUUUCUACUGUUACUUGAUCGAGAAGUUUUGUCGUCGAACAAGUCUAUAAAGAAAUCGGUUUGGAAAACUUGAACAAUGCGUUUGUGCUUUUCAUGCAUGUGAAAUAUAUGUAAAACAAUACUGUGCUAAAUAUGAAAAAUGAAACUUAUAUUUCCUGUCCUUUUGCGAUUGAAAAUUUUCUCCUCUUUUGAUGAUAAAAAUGUUAGAAGUAAUUUGGAAAAAAUAAUAUAAUUUUCUAUCAUCUGUUACAAGAUUUAAC